GGGCCUCAGCUGCCCCAGCAGCCAACAACCCCCCCUAAAUGGAACCCACCUCAGCAGCCUCAGCAGCCAACAACCCCCCCUAAAUUGAACCCACCUCAGCAGCCUCAGCAGCCUCAGCAGCCAACAACCCCCCCUAAAUGGAACCCACCUCAGAAGCCUCAGAAGCCAACAACUCCCCCUAAACUGAACCCACCUCCGCAGCCAACAACCCCCCCUAAAUGGAACCCGCCUCAGCAGCCUCAGCAGCCCCUGCAGCAUGAUCAGCAUUCUAAACAGCCAAAGAGGCCUCAGCUGCCUCAGCUGCCCCAGCAGCCAACAACUCCCCCUAAAUGGAACCCACCUCAGCAUCCAACAACCCCCCCUAAAUGGAACCCACCUCAGCAUCCAACAACUCCCCCUAAAUGGAACCCACCUCAGCAUCCAACAACCCCCCCUAAAUGGAACCCACCUCAGAAGCCUCAGCAGCCCCUGCAGCAUGAUCAGCAUACUCAACAGCCACAGUGGCAUCAGCAGCCUCACCAGCCUCAUAGGCCAGCAACUUCCCCUAUAUGGAACCCACAUCAGCAGCCUCAUAGGCCAGCAACUUCCCCUAUAUGGAACCCACAUCAGCAGCCUCAUAGGCCAGCAACUCCCCCUAUAUGGAACCCACAUCAGCAUCCUCAUAAGCCAGCAACUCCCCCUAUAUGGAACCCACAUCAGCAUCCUCAUAAGCCAGCAACUCCCCCUAUAUGGAACCCACAUCAGCAUCCUCAGCAGCCCCUGCAGCAUGAUCAGCAUACUAAACAGCCACAGUGGCAUCAGCAGCCUCAUAAGCCAGCAACUCCCCCUAUAUGGAACCCACCUCAGCAUCCAACAACCCCCCCUAAAUGGAACCCACCUCAGCAUCCAACAACCCCCCCUAAAUGGAACCCACAUCAGCAUCCAACAACCCCCCCUAAAUGGAACCCACAUCAGCAUCCUCAGCAGCCCCUGCAUCAUGAUCAGCAUACUAAACAGCCACAGUGGCAUCAGCAGCCUCAUAAGCCAGCAACUCCCCCUAUAUGGAACCCACCUCAGCAUCCAACAACCCCCCCUAAAUGGAACCCACCUCAGCAUCCAACAACCCCCCCCUAAAUGGAACCCACAUCAGCAUCCAACAACCCCCCCUAAAUGGAACCCACAUCAGAAGCCUCAGAAGUCCCUGCAGCAUGAUCAGCAGCCUCAGCAGCCUCAGCAGUCUCAGCAGCCUCCGCAGCCUAAACAGCCACCGUGGCAUCAAAAGCCUCAUCAGCCUCAGCAGUCUCAGCAAACUUGUGAAGUUGCUGACAAUCAAAAGAUAUCGUGUGGAGCUCCUGGAAUCUCUACUGAACAUUGUGAAGCUAUAAACUGCUGCUAUGGUGGAAACAUGUGCUAUUAUGGAAAAUCUGUGACCCUUCAGUGCACCAAGGAUGGUCAAUUCAUCGUGGUGGUGGCCAAAGACGCCACCCUACCCUACCUCGAUUUAGAGACAGUUUUCUUCCUUGGAGGUGGCGAAACCUGCCAUUCUGUUGGCACUACUUCAGCCUUUGCCAUCUACCAGUUCCCUGUCACUGCCUGUGGCACUGUCAUGAUGGAGGAGCCUGGCGUUAUAAUCUAUGAGAACCGGAUGUCCUCCUCUUAUGAAGUCGCUAUUGGACCCAACGGAGCCAUCACCAGGGACAGUCAAUACGAGCUGCUUGUCCAGUGUAGAUACAUUGGCACCGCAAUUGAGGCUCUAGUUAUCGAGGUUGGCAUACUUCCUCCACCACUCCCAGUGGCAGCUCCAGGACCCCUGCGCGUGGAGCUAGUGCUGGCCAAUGGAGAGUGUUCAGUCAAGGGAUGUGUGGAAGAGGAUGUGGCCUACAACUCCUUUUACGUUGACUCUGACUACCCCGUCACAAAGGUUCUCAGAGACCCUGUGUAUGUGGAAGUCCAUAUUCUGGAGAGGACAGAUCCCAACAUUAAAUUGACUCUUGGAAAAUGCUGGGCAACUUCGGAUCCCUACCCUCAAAGUCUCCCUCAAUGGGACUUGCUGAUUGAUGGCUGCCCAUACCGUGAUGACCGCUAUCUGACCACUCUGGUCCCUGUGGACGCUUCAUCAGGACUCAUGUACCCAACCCAUCACAGGCGUUUUGUUUUCAAGAUGUUCACAUUUGUAUCCGGUGGAGGUGUAAAGCAACAGGCUUUGAUUCCUCUCAACGAAAAGGUGUAUAUCCACUGUGAAGCAGCCGUGUGUCAACCGUCUGUCGGAGACAAUUGUGAACCUAGGUGCUUCAGAAGCAGGAGAGACGUGUCUGUCCAGAAAGCCUCCAGAGAAGAGACCACUGUUGUUAGCAGUAAGGAGCUGGUCUUCAUUCAGUAACAACAUUACAUUAUCAUGAAGUCUCCUUUUCUGAUGUUUUGUGAAAAGUGAUUGAGUUUCAAAUAAAUACCCAAUUGCUGAA